AUGGACGAGAACAGGUGGUUUUUAUCCAUCAUUCAAAAUGAUUUCAGGACUGGGAAGAUUGAUUUAGAUAGCACAAUGAAGCUGCUUGAAAAACUGAAAAUGCCUUUUGAUUUUGAUCAUGUAAGACAUAUUUUCAAGAAAACAGUUGACAAAAGGAAGGAAAAUACUAUUACCAUGGAAGACUUCAGGGCAAUUUAUCGAGCUAUCGUGCACAGACGUGAAUUUCAAGAACUUUUCUCUGCUUACGCCCCAAACAGAAAAGUUCUUGUUGACACCGAGCUCAUUGCAUUUCUCAAGAAAGAACAACAUGAAACUGAAGCUUGUGAAACAACUGCUUUAGAAAUAAUUUUGAAGUAUGAACCCAUUGAAGAAGUGAGAGCAAGAAGGCAAAUGUCAUUUGAAGGAUUUAUAAGGUACAUGAGCUCAGAAGACUGUUCGAUAUUUAAAAAAAGUCACAGGACCAUCUACCAAGAUAUGAACCACCCAUUAUGUGACUAUUUUAUUUCAUCUUCUCACAACACCUACUUGAUAUCUGACCAACUAGUUGGGCCCAGUGAUUUAUGGGGAUAUAUCAGUGCUCUCCUAAAAGGAUGUCGUUGCCUGGAAAUUGACUGCUGGGAUGGCUCAAACAAUGAACCUGUUGUGUACCAUGGUCACACUUUAACAAGCAAAAUUCCAUUUAAUUCUGUAAUUCAAGUGAUAGACAAGUAUGCAUUUUCGGCAUCUGACUAUCCAGUUAUACUGUCUUUGGAGAACCACUGCAGCCCUAAGCAACAGGAAAUAAUGGCAGAAUAUUUAAAAAAUAUUCUAGGUGAAAAACUUCUUACUUCAACAAUUGGUGAUACAGUGGUGACUCAACUCCCUUCUCCUGAGGAACUAAAAUUCAAAAUUCUGGUAAAAAACAAAAAAAUUGGCACAAUUGAGGAAGGUAUGCUCAGGAGAGAAGCUGACAGUCGUGGUGAGACAGCAGAAAUUUCUGACUCUGACCAUACGAGCGAUGAAGAGGAGGAGGAUGAUGACGCAGCUCCUCUUUAUUCAAACAAGGAAUGUCCAAAAAGAAAAGGUGAACAGAGAGCUUCAGGCCCACCUCGAAAAAAGGCAAAGAUGAAGAAGAUACAAAUUGCCUUAAUGUUGUCAGACCUUGUGAUUUAUACCAAAUCUGCGAAGUUUGUGAGCUUUGAGCAUUCCCUAGAUAAUCAGAAGUGCUAUGAAAAUAAUUCAAUUGGAGAAAAUCGAGCACGAAAAUUUGUAAAAAAUUCAGCUAAAGAAUUUGUUUCACAUACUACAAGAUUCAUUACAAGAAUCUACCCUAAAGGAACAAGAACAAGCUCUUCAAAUUAUAAUCCUCAACCCUUCUGGAAUGUGGGGUGCCAAAUGGUGGCCUUAAACUUCCAGACACCGGGAGUACAAAUGGAGUUGCAACACGGAAAGUUUCUAGACAAUGGUGGUUGUGGCUAUGUUCUGAAACCAGAAUUCUUGAGAAACCAGGAUUCAACCUUUACUCCACAAGAUGUGGGCAUAUACAGUAAUCCAAUGUCUCUGUCAAUAAAGCUCAUCAGUGGUCAUCAGUUACCACCUAGUAACCUGUCGAAGACUAACAAAGCUGACCCUUUAGUGCAGAUAGAAAUUUAUGGUGUUCCACAAGAUCAAGUGAGAAAAAAAUCUAGUGUUGUAAAAAGCAAUGCUCUGAGCCCCAGAUGGAAUGAAAGUUUCUCUUUUAGCAUCCAAGUUCCAGAACUGGCAUUGAUACGCUUCUGUGUGGAGGAUGAGAUAUCUCUGGUUUCCAAUGAAUUCCUUGGUCAAUACACUUUACCAGUGCUGAGCCUGAAUAAAGGUUAUCGUCAUGUUCCCCUGUUGUCCAAAGACGGUGAUAAUCUCGAACCUGCAUCACUGUUUAUUCAUGUCUGGUACUAUUAAUGACGCUCUG